AUGAUCAAAAGUACAAUUCAUCGAGUUAUUGUACCAAAUGUUAAUGAAGAAAAUCAUUCUCGAUUUUCUAUCGCUUUUUUUUGUGAUCCAAAUGGAGAUACACUACUUACUCCUCUACCAUCGAAAUUGAUUGAAAAUCAUAUUUAUACAAAAGAUGAACAUGCAAAUCAUAUUUUUAGUGAUUAUGAUAAUAAUGAUGGACAUGUUUUAACUGCUGGUGAACAUCUACAGAUGAGAUUAAAUAAAACUCAUGUAGAAUUAAGUAUAUAA